CUUGUUGUAUCAGCCUAGAAAAUGUUGUAUAUUUAGAAUUUAAAAAGUCGUGCUAUCUGUCUUUCCGGAUAUUUACAUUAACAUUCUGUAUUCUCAUUGGGGGCAGAGUUUAAGCAUCAAAUCACAUCAUCGCCCGUUUGACGAUGGGGUUUCUUUGUAAGGUUACACUUUUAAAACUCGUAAUAAAAUUAUACUUUUAUUCAUAACCAUAUUUCAACCAUAUCAUUCGGGACUUAAAGUGACCCUGACGCUUUUAUAUACUGUGGCGUCGGGCGGACCGAAGCAUCGCGGGAGCAGAGAGACACAGACACUCGCUGGUUGAGGAAACACGUUCCUUAUUGGCGGUCCUGCAAAGGCACUCAACGAGCGCCGAGCCAAUCACACACGGGGAACACAAGGUUGUCAGACGCUGAACUUUAAGAUAGAUACACGGUGGCAAACGAAAAAGUCUGUAGCAAGUAAAAAUGCAAAAUUAAUUUGGGAAAAUAGAUCGUGUUGGACAUUUAAAUGAAUACCGAUUACACCGAUCAUUUGGAGGUUAAUUCAGGCUGUUUGCUGAGUCACUGAGCUGUACUGUAGUGUGGGAAUUCCAACAUGACCUUCAGGCUGUUUGAGGAGAAGCAUCAUGCCUCCAUCUACCAGCGCUACCGCUUUGUCCCUCCAAACACAAUCAAAGACUUAAUUCUUCAAUAUCUGGAUGAAAAAAAAGGACAGCCCCAUGUUUUGGCUGUGGACUUGGGCUGCGGCACAGGGCAGAAUUCCCGGCGACUGGCUCCUCACUUCCAGGAGGUGGUGGGGAUUGAUGUCAGUGAGAGCCAGAUAGAAGAGGCCAGAGCAGUGCCAGGUUUCCCAAAUGUCGUUUACAGGGUUGGAACUGCAGAGGAUUUACCGUUUCCAGAUAACUCAGUGGAUCUGCUGACUGCAGCUUCAGCCGCCCACUGGUUUAACCAGGAGGGGUUUUUGAAGGAGGCCUGUCGGACACUGAAGCCCAACGGCUGUAUAGCUCUAUUUGGCUACACUGACCAAGACCUGGAGCUGCAUUACGGUUCAUGUGAGGACAGACUGACCCGCAUUUAUGAGCAAACAGUUAAGUCCCUGUCGCCCUAUGUCAGCAAGCGAGUGGCUGUUGCUAACAGCAAGCUUCAGGACCUGUUUGAUGCCAUCCCUUUCCCAGACAAAAACAGAAUUGACUGUAUCCCAGUGGAAGAAGACAUCUCAGUGAGCAAUAUUGUGGGGUUCUUGGAGACCUUCUCGUACUACCAGGCUUAUCAGAAAGCAGAGCCAGAGGCGGCCAGUGCCCUGCUCACGGACACACAGGCCAAGUUCCUGGAGGCAAUGGGUGUCUCAUCCCCUGAGACCAAGAUGAAAAUACGAUUGAUUUAUUUCUGUGUAUUGGCCUGUAAAACUCAGUAGUCUGUGUGUGGGUUUCAGGCAGAUAAUAUACUUGGUGCUAUUAACAUAGCAGAUAUAUUGAACUACCUGUAGAGAUUUCUUACCUGUAGAGAGGAAUUUAUAGAAUUUCAUUUCAUAUUUAUAUUUUUUCACUCUAUCAGUCAGGCAUACAGAUAAAGCUAAAUGGUGAUUUAUAUAUUUGAUUUAAAAUUUAUUUGUGAUUUAAUCAGCUUUCAUAGUAUUUCAUAGAUUUUAUUAUUAUUAUUUUUGUCAAGAAGUGAAAUAGCAUUAAAAUCACAGAGAAAGGAACACUAUCGUAAAAUACCAAAACAUCUAAAAAGACAAGCAUUCCAGCCCGCGAGCUACCUAAGAACUAGGAAUGUAACCAUUGCAAACAAUAUUUUUCAUAGUUUUGGAACCAGUCUGAAAGGAGUUUUUCCCCCUGAAUUUUAAUGUGAAGAUUUCUUAUCAAAGUACAUUUAUAGCCCAGUAUAUAUAAACAGUGACACCAAUCUUUUUAGCCCUACCUAUCACAAUUAUUAACUGAAGUCCUCCUUACAGUUUCACCUUUUUCCAUCUGUAGUGCUUCAUGGCUAGCUCUUAAGUAAACCAUCUUGCAGAACAUCUGCUUCUGGGGAACUUCUGGUGGGGGCAGUACAUAGCUGAGCGUGUCAGAGAUCUUUGCCAAUGUUUGGAAGGUCACGGGUGGGAACAUCAUUAGAGAUUUACGAAAAGGGGGACUACACCUUUACUAAGGGUUCUGAUUUUAAUGAAAAUGAAUGAGAACACACUAUUAAAACUAAUUAGUGUACAUUUAUUUGGGGGGGGCUAUAUCCCUUUUAACACAACUGUAGCGAUGAACCAUGUCAUGAUAAACACACCUACUGUAUAGCCUAUAAUUAUUUUUCAGGCCGGUCAUAAUUUCCUUGUAAAAGUGCCUUAAAUACUAUGUGGAGUCUAACUUGCAGAGGCUGUUUCUGCCUUGCUCUGGUUCUACACACACUUGGAUGAUGUCACCUCAAUGAGUUUAGCAGGUUAGAUGUGUUUUCAGAAAUAUAAGUAUAACAGAGCCGACAGACAAUCCUGGUCUGAUCAAGUACUCUCUCUCUCCAGUGCUGGUGUACUGUAUUGGAAAACCAAAAUGUUCCCAAACUGCCUAUGACUGACUGUAACAAGCAUUAAGCCGCAAGUCAACAGUUCUAGCCAUACAGUAGAUAUAAGAAGUAUACACAUCCCUGUGAAAAUGGCAGGUUUUUGUGAUGUAAAAAAAUGAGACCACAUUAAAUAAUUUCAGAACUUUUCCUGCCUUUAAUAUGAUUAGCAGUGCUAAUCAGAACCCGCAAAAUUUAGUUAAAAACAAACAAAUCUGUUAGGGGAAAAAAAUAAAAAGUAAAAAAUGUACAAUAAGCUAGUUGCAGAAGUGUGCACACCCUUAAAUGCAUAUUUUGUUGAAGCACCUUUUGAUUGAAUUACAGUAUUCGGUCUUUUUGCCAUCAAUUAAAGUGACUGAUUAACCUCAAAUACAGUUCAACUGUCCUAGUAGGAUUUUCCUGACAUUUAAUCAGUUGCAUUCUACUGCAAAAGCCAUGGUUCACAGAGAGCUUACUAAGCAUCAAAGGAAUCUCAUUGUUGAAAGGUAUCAAAUUAAAAGGUAUUUAAAAAGAAAAUUGGGGGUUCAGACCUUGUUGUUUCUACUGCUGACGUUUCACUCACCCCAUUCAGUUCAUGGUUGGGCACUUAUAUGAUGGUACUUAUCUGAUGGUCACCACAUAGGAUUAUUGGAAGGGGGCUGAGUCAAGCUUACCCAAACCCACAGCUCCACGCACUACAAUAUUUUCAACAUACCUGUACCAAAAUGCACCUCCUACAGAGCUAAAGUUGCAUCCAAUGCACAGCUAUACCUGGACAAUGAGAGGUAUCCACCCAGCCUGGCGGAUCAAUCCCACAAUGCAUUGUAGACACCCAAGCUCAAUUGGUAUUUCUUCUGUGGAACUGCUUUGUCAAUUUUAUAAAAAGAUGAAAAGGGCAAUAAUACCAAAAAAAAACACUCAUCCACUUGAUCAAUGCAGGGUCACAGUGAGCCAGGAGCCAAUCCCACUAGGAGUCUCUCAACUGAAGUGUAUUUGCACAUAUCUCUGUUACUCACGUCACACAUUUAACAGAUUUUCUACAAUAUUUAAAAGAUAAAUUGACUAACUGAAGAAAGGGUAUGUGGGAAAUGAGGAUUGGGUUGGUGUACCUACUACGCUAAUAACACACUAGGGACUUGAAUAUUUUUGCCUAAGGGAUUAAUUAAUGAUUCUACUAACAACUGCGGAAGAUUACCAGUGCUAAUGAGAACAUGAUUAAUGGUGAAAUUAAUAAUAUCUGGUAGCAAACUGUAAUAUUUAAGUAAUGAGAACUUUGCCUGUGAUCUCAGUUUCAGUGAGGUAACUGCCAUUCCAUGCAGUUUAUGGAGGUAUUUGUCAUGUAUUUAUUCACCAAGAAUAGGGUAAAAUAAACACAUGAAAAUAGGCAAAAUCUGAAAUUCUGUAUGAAUCCACAUUCCUCAUAAGACCCACACUGGCAAAAUAUUUCAUGCUUCAUAUGCCUAAUGUUUUGAGUGAAAAAUUACCAACAAUUGCUUUGCUACAUUAUGUAAUUAUUCUUUCUAUUUUGCUGGUGAGCGGUGAUCUUUAACAAAGCCACACCAAACUCAAGCAGCACAGGUGUCAUAGCAUAAUUAAAAGGCAUUCUCUAUACAUUUAUGUUAAUUGUAAUGUCUGUUUUAAUUUUCAUAUAUGUAACAGAAAAUAUUAAUAAAGCAUUGUCACUUA